AAUGGAGGGAGAAAUUAAUCCCACUUUUGAUGAUGAACAACUUGACUCAUUUCAUGUUGAAGAGACUAAUAAGAUAGAGAAUAAUAGCUUGGAAGCUCUAGAUUCUAAGAAAGAACUUGAUAAAGAAAUUAAUCGGGAACCAUUAAAAUUAUGCAGAUUCUUAAUGAAUCAACCAAAGUUAACUUUUGGAAUUACCCUUUGCUCUCAUAUUUGCUUAACAGUAGUCACUGUUGGUCUAUUCUUAGGAGGAAUUGAUAUAUUUCCAAUUGUAUUUGAUAGAAUUCCAUUGGACUUUCCAAAAGAUGACCAUUUUUUAAGAACAAUGGCUUGGAGUCAAAGAAAUGAACCUGAUUAUAUGAUAACAAGAGGAAGGGACAAAAAUGCUAAACAAGUUCAACAAACUAUAUUUUAUAAUGCAAUAGAACUGAAUUUUGUCGGAGUUUCCAGAGAUAAAAAUGUCCUUACAAAAGAAAAUUUACUAGCUAUUAAAAAGGUUCAAGAAGAAUAUUUGGCAACCAACAAUUACAAGGAACAUUUCUGCCUUAUAGGCCUAAAUGGGAAAUGUUCACCUGCUUUGUCAAUUUUACAAUAUUUCACCAAAUCAAAAGAUUUUGACAACAUUACUGAAAUAUUGUACAAAGUUAGUAAAGAUCAAAAAACAGCUUCUGAAUUUGAGUAUUUCCUUAGUAAAGAUGCUGAAAUAAGUGAAAAAAGAGCAUUUUCAUCAAGAACCAGAUUGAGAAUAAAUAUAGGAGGACCAUUGAAAGGUUUUGACAAAAUUGAUGAGCAUAAGGAAGAUUUAGAAAUGACAAAAAGAUAUGAAGAUUUAUUGAAAGAUUAUGCAGAAAAAGGAGAUGAAUACUUUGAAAAUGGUGUCAAUGGUAUGGAAUUUUAUCAUUUUUGUCCUAUUCUACUUAAUGUUAAAAUUCGAAGCAUGGUAUUCAGAGAUUUAAGUUUGGCAGUGGGUUCUAUGCUUUUUAUUGUUGUAUUUAUGCUCAUUCAAACUCAAUCAUUCUGGAUAACAUUUUUGGCAGUAUAUUCUAUUUUUAGCAGUUUUCUUAUCACAAAUCUUAUCUAUUACGGAGUUUUACGCUUUACAUAUUUUGGUGUUUUUCAUAUUCUAGACAUAUUUAUCAUUCUUGGUAUUGGAGCUGAUAAUGUUUUUGUUCUCUAUGAUACUUGGAGAGAAACUUCUUAUCAUAAAUAUCCCACUAUAGCGCAUCGAUUGUCCCAUUGCUAUAGAAAGGCAUCAAUUGCAAUGUUCUAUACCACUCUUACAACUGCAAUAGCCUUUAUUGUGUCAGCAGCUUCCCCAUUUAUGACUGUUUAUACAUUUGGUGUUUUUUCCGCCAUUUUGGUGAUAGUUAACUAUCUUUCAGUGAUUAUAUUCCUUCCUUGUGUAGUUUUUACUUAUGCAACUUUCUGGGAUAAAUUUAAAUGCUGCUGUUGCUGUAAAAAAAAUCCAAAAGAUAAAGAUAAUAGUAAUGAUAUUAAAAAGAAGAAUAUUAUUGUUAGAUUCUUCUCUGGACCAUAUUUUAAAUUAAUUACAAAUAGAAUUGCAAGAUGGUUUAUACUUGCAUUUUUUGCUGGACUUUUUGCAGCUUUUGUCUAUUUUGCAAGUACUUUGAAAGUAAAUCAGGAAGAAACAAAAUUCUUAAAGGAUAGCAGUAACUAUGGUCGAUACCUUGCUGAUGCAUCUACAAAAUAUAAAGGAAAUCCUGAUAAUAUCAUUAAAAUCUAUCUUGUUUUUGGUCUAAAACCACAAGAUAGAUCUGAUUGUUAUCAUACGGAUUUUAAAUGUACUGGAAAACAACAUUGGGAUAAUGACUUUAAUUUGAGUAGUAAUAAAACUCAACAAAAAUUUCUUGAAUUCUGUCAACUAUUACAUAAUUUAAAAGAAGAAAACACCAAAGAUUUGUACAUAAAGAGGGAUAAGAGUACAAAUGUACCGGAAGUGUUGUGUUUUAUGAAGAAUAUGAUAGAAUUUUACAAAAAUGAUGCCUUGAAUUUGACAUAUAAACACAGCAUUCCUUUUGAUGUCAGAACCAGCCAUGACAUAUUUGCUAAUGAUAAUAGUGGAUUAUACAAGGAUAUAGGAAAAUUGAAAGGUGAAGCUGUUAACAAACAUUUUGAAUUAGCUAUGGAUUGGUGGUUAUUUAAUGGAACUAAUCCACCUCCUGGUACCAGUCCUCCAAGACGAUCAACUGACUUUGCACUCUUCAAUGAACUUUUAGGAGAAGAGAAGUUAAAGGGAAGUGUCACUUAUAAAAAACAUUUAGAGACAAUUGUCUAUGGAACAAAGCUAAAAUAUGCUGCCAUUAUUGUAAAUACAACAAUUGAAAGGAAUAGAAUAGGAUACACUAAAGGUUUAGAAAUUAGGGAUAAAUGGGAGGAUUUUAUCAAUAAACAGAGUGAAAAUUUACCAAAUGAAUUAAAUGGUGUUUGGCAAACAGCUAUUGAGAAUGUUGAAAGGGUAGAUAGUGGAAAAUCUAUAUGGCAUUGGUUGGCAGUUCAAAGAAUAUUGGUAGGUUCAGCUAUUACUGGCAUUGCAAUUGGAGUUGGUUUAUCAUGCCCUAUUCUUAUUGUUGCAACCCAUAAUAUAUUUGUUGGCAUUUUGGCUACUAUAACUAUUGCUUGUGUUACAGUUUGUGUUAUUGGUGUAUUGCCAAUAGCUGGUUGGAAACUAGGGUUAAUGGAAUCUUUGAAUUCCGUUUUGGUUGUUGGAUUGGCUGUGGACUAUAUUGUACAUUUAGCAGAAGGCUAUUCCAGAUCAGUUUACAAAUCAAGAGAAGAAAGAGUAAAAGAUAUGUUGACUCAAGUCGGUGUUUCAGUUCUUUCUGGAGCUAGUACAACACUAGGAGCUUCAUUUUUCUUGUUAUUGGGAGAUCUUUUAUUUUUUGUUGAAUUUGGAGCUUUUAUGUUUGCAACUAUUGGUUUUUCAAUUGUAUGGGCUCUGGGUUUUUUUUCUACAAUUCUGGGUAUGUUUGGACCGCAAAAUAAUUUUGGAUCAUUAAAACCAGUUUAUUCAUGGAUUAUCAGUAGAUGUAAUAGACAACAGAGUAGCAAUCAGUAG